AUGAAGGUUCAGAAAGAGAAACUGCAUGCAGAGCUGAAACAGGUGCUGAGUCUGAAGAGAAGCCACCUGAAAGAGUCGUCUCGUUUGGCCCAAGCAGAGAUGGAUUCCUCAGAGGUCCAAGCAGUGGAUGAGACUGCAUCUGAGGUGGUGGAGGUUGUGAUGGAGACAGAGGCUGAGGCCGGCGCCAGUGGCUACAGUGUCACAGGUGGAGGGGAGCGAGGCAUCUUCAUUAAGGACGUCCUUAAAGACUCCACUGCAGCAAAGCAUCUUAGCCUCCAGCAAGGUAACUGGACGGGGAAAUUAGAGUUGCAUGAAUAUAAAGCCAUGAGACACAGCUGA